ACAGUUAUCCUCCUCGUAGCCACUUCUGUAUUAAACUAUGAUUACGUACCAAAACAAGCUACUUUCAUUAAAUUCUCUCCUAUUAUAAUUUUAAGACAUACGCCUCCAAUUAGUGCCUUCUGCUUCUUUCUUUUCUGUCUGCAAAAAUCAGCAAAAACAGAACUGAUCAUAUAUCAUCACCACACACACAAUUUUCAUUUGCUCUCUCUCUCUCUCUCUCUCUCCUUCUGUUACAAAACAGAACCCUAAGAGAAAAAAAAGAAAAGAAAACCCAUUUCUCCGAGCUCAAAGAAAUUUCUCAAAAUUAUCUCUACAGUGGGGAUUUGAUUUUCGAUAUAAUAGGUAUGUGGAAAUUAGGGAGGAGGGGUAUCCAUAGUUGGCAGAAACUACAUGCUGCAAAUGUCCCAACAGCUUUGAUUGAAAAUGGGCAAAAUCGUGUUAUAGACGCUUCUCUAACUCUCAUUCGUGAGAGAGCUAAGCUCAAGGGAGAGCUUGUACGGGCUUUAGGAGGUGCCGUGGCAUCAGCAUCGCUUCUUGGAGUUCCUCUAGGGCACAACUCGUCUUUCCUUCAAGGACCUGCUUUCGCACCUCCUCGUAUAAGGGAAGCGAUUUGGUGUGGAAGCACAAAUGCCACCACUGAAGGAGGUAAAGAAUUAAAUGAUCCAAGGGUGUUAAGUGAUGUCGGUGAUGUACCUGUUCAAGAGAUCCGAGAUUGUGGCGUAGGUGAUGAUAGAUUGAUGAAAAUUAUAAGUGAUUCUGUCAAACUGGUGAUGGAACAGGAUCCACUACGCCCAUUAGUCUUAGGUGGUGACCACUCGAUAUCAUUUCCAGUUGUAAGAGCUGUAUCUGGAAAGCUUGGUGGACCUGUAGACAUUCUUCAUUUAGAUGCUCAUCCUGAUAUUUAUCAUUGUUUUGAGGGAAACAAGUAUUCACAUGCUUCUUCCUUUGCUCGAAUAAUGGAGGGUGGAUAUGCGCGACGCCUUUUACAGGUUGGAAUUAGAUCAAUUACAAGCGAAGGGCGUGAGCAAGGGAAAAAAUAUGGAGUAGAGCAAUAUGAAAUGCGAACGUUUUCCCGGGAUCGUGACCUUUUGGAGAAUUUGAAAUUAGGGGAGGGCGUAAAAGGUGUAUACAUAUCAGUAGAUGUUGAUUGUCUGGACCCUGCAUUUGCUCCUGGGGUAUCUCACAUUGAACCUGGAGGGCUUUCUUUCCGUGAUGUCCUUAAUAUUCUACAGAAUCUCCAAGGUGAUGUUGUAGGUGCGGAUGUUGUCGAAUUCAACCCCCAACGUGACACUGUUGAUGGCAUGACUGCCAUGGUUGCUGCCAAGAUUGUAAGAGAAUUGACAGCAAAGAUAUCAAAAUAAGCAAAAUGUUGUUACUGUCCAUUUUAUUGAUAACGCUAUUGCCUGCCCAUUUUUGUUUGGCAGCACCGCAUUUGCAAUCUGGACAGUCAUUCUCCCAUGGGUUUGGAUUUGUUUCCACCUAACUCUCUUGCACCAAAUAAACAAACAGCUUCUUUAGAUAUUUUUCCAUUUGUUUACUCUUCAUUUUGUCUAUGAGAACUGUGUACAUAAACAACAGUACGGCUGAAAGAAUACACCCCAAGUAACCCCUGAAUGAGUAAAAUCAUUUCCAGACUUUCGAAGAAAGGUUCCUCACUGUGAGGCUUCCACUGUAACCGACAGUUCAACAGAUUCGAGUUUUAUUAAACCUGUACUGAAUUCAAAAUUACAAUGAGAACUGAAUAACUCGAGAUUUGUGUUUCA